CACUCUUUGCGUGUGAGAAAUAUGAACCAGAGGCUCACACAGACGUCCUACUCAGUCAUAAAUGAACACGCCCCUCCAAAGUGCUAGGCUUUGUACAAUACUCCAGGAAGCAAGAGGGAGAAGUAGAAGCCCAGAAAGAUCGACAGUCUACAGAGAGAGUAAAGCUGACUGGAGAUGGAUCCAGACUCAGUGCGAGAAGAUGUGGAAGCAAAUUUCAUCAAGCGCUUAGAGCCAGUAGAGAUGGAGGGUGUCCCAUUGCUUAGUGACACUGUAAAGAACUGGGCUGAAAUAAAACGAUUCCAAGCUCGGCCUGAUGAUCUACUCCUUUGCACCUACCCCAAAGCAGGAACCACUUGGAUCCAAGAAAUUGUGGACAUGAUCCAGCAGCGAGGUGAUGCCCAGAAAUGUGCUCGGGCUCCUCUGUACCAGCGGAGUCCCUACUUGGAAAUGUUCCCUCCAAAACCCCUGCCUUCAGGCUUGGAAGAGGCAGAAGCAAUGCCCUCCCCACGGACAAUCAAAACCCAUUUCCCAGUCCAGCUCCUGCCACCUUCCUUCUGGGAACAGAAUUGCAAGAUCAUUUAUGUAGCCAGGAACAUCAAGGACAAUGCUGUCUCCUUCUUCCAUUUCCAUCGCAUGAACAUGGGGUUGCCAGAGCCAGGACAGUGGGAUGAUUUUCUGAAGAAUUUUAUUGCUGGCAAGGUCACUUAUGGCUCCUGGUUUGAUCACGUUUGUGGUUGGUGGGAGGCUAAGAACCAUUACCCAGUUCUAUAUCUCUUCUAUGAAGAUAUUAAAGAAGAUCCAGCUCGGGAAAUCCAGAAAGUAGCCCAAUUCUUGGGCAUAGAGCUUCCAGAAUCAGUCCUGAAAAAGAUCGUGCAGCAGACAACAUUUGAGAGUAUGAAAGAAAACCCAAUGACAAAUUACAGUACUGUGCCUUCCUCUAUCUUGGACCAAAGUGUAUCACCCUUCUUGAGAAAAGGUACUGUAGGGGACUGGAAGGAGCAUUUCACAGUGGCUCAAAGUGAAUGGACAGAUGACAUCUGUACCCAGAAACUUAGGGGAACCAGCCUGAGCUUCCGCACACAAAUCUAAGGACAUGUCUGCCUCUCUUGUCGAGAUUUUUUUCCCCACCAUGAUGUGCCUAAGGAUUUCUUCUCAAGUAAAGAAAAAGAAGCCAUAUAUCUAUAAACAACAUCCAUUCAAACAUAUUGAAGGCAGGGGAAUAGCACCAUGUGAACUGAGCUUGCCUAGUGACCUUCGAAUGGUGACUGACCAUUGGCUAGGCUUGGAAUGUUGCAGGACCCAACAUUACAAUAUUUUGUUGCAGUUCCCACUUAUUCACUGCAUUUUCAAAUAUCAAAACACCUUUUUGUCAUCAUGAUGUUGCAAGAAUUCAGUAGUAUUGAGAAUAGUCCUUACAUUAUUCCUUAAUCAUCUUUUUGCCCCCCCCCCCAAAAAAUACUCUGAUCGUCAAAUAUAUUCUGAGAAAUGUGUCUUUCCAAUCUGCUUUUAAUGACUUAUAAUGGUAAUAAAUGACUAAUAGUAAUUA